CAGCGAUGGAGCAGUCGACAAGUGGUGGUAUCAUCGAGAUCAUCGCGUUCAGUUCGUACUCAGCGACGUUCAAUCGCGAAUGACGACCCAACAUCUUUCUCGUCGCGAUGAACGUCUAAUUGCCGCGGUGUGGUCUCGGAUCGACAGAGUCAAUUGACGAGUCAAAACAACCAAUCGGUGACCUUGCAUAAGGUCUCCGACGAAGACAUAUGUGUUUCACUUAAAAUUACAAACAUUCCGUGUGCUCUUCGCGUCGACGUUAUUCCGACGUCUCGCGAGCGCUAAAUGUUGUAAACAGCGUAUCAGCGGCUUUCAGCGCGAGCCGGCAAGCUUCGUAAUUUCGUUUAUAUCGCGAUUGAAAGUGGAACUCGAUCACCGCGAUAUUGCAGGCUUCCCCGGUUAUAUUGCGGUUUCAUCGUUGUGGAAAUUCGAGUACGUGAAAAUAGAAAAAAAAAUUGAAAACGCAAAAACAAAAAACAAAAGUGGAAACUGUAGCGAUGUGCGACAAUUGUGUUGUGAUAUUCGUGAUCGCGGAUUGUAACGCAUAAAUAUUCAAACGGCAAUCUAAAAGCGUGAUAUUAACUCUUUGAGUACGAAUAUAAUUACAAUCUAAUUUCAAUUAAAUUAUAAUUAUCAUUCUCGCUUGGCAGCGAAACUCUGAGUGUGAAACGAUUGCUCGCAGCGCGAAACGGAUGUGAAAGCAAGAAGCGUUUAUUUUUGUCAAACAGCAAUAAACGCAUUUACGCUUUUUAUACGUUUUUACACGAUCUGCCAUUUCGCGAGAUUGUCCUCGAAGGGCUGAUACGAAUAUCGCAAUUCGAAAUGGAAUCGCUCUCGGCAGCCUCGGAGUCCGGUUGUAAAAGUUAAAGAGUUACUAUUAUCCUGUCCACUUCGCGUUAGUUUCCUUCCAUUGUACCGGAAGAAUACCGAGAAGAAGACAACACCGCAAGUGAGUGACCCAUUAAUAAUCGACGGUAGAAGAUUUACUGGGUUAUCGAGGCCCGACGAGUUUCUUUGUUUGCGUGCGCGAUACGGAGACGGCGAUAUAUCAGAAUGUGCAUACGCGCGAAGGUGUCGUCACGAUGAGUCGAAUCGGCCUGUGACAUCCUGCCGAGAGGGGUGUACCGAGCCAUGGGGACGUCGAGCCAGGACGAGAACGACACGCUCGAUUUCUGGCGGGACUGGGAUCUGAGCGAGCUGACCGAGGCCGAGUACCUGGGCAAAGUGCUGGGGCCCAAGUACCUGUCCCUCAACCUGGUGAUACCGCUCACGAUCGCCUACGUGGUGAUCUUCAUCACCGGCAUCUUCGGCAAUGUCGCCACGUGCACGGUCAUCGUCCGGAACUCGUCCAUGCAGACCGCCACCAAUUACUACCUCUUCAGUCUGGCCAUAUCCGACCUCACUCUGCUUAUACUGGGUCUCCCCAAUGAGCUAAGUGUGUUCUGGCAGCAAUAUCCCUGGGAGCUGGGCACCGGGCUUUGCAAAAUUCGGGCGUACGUGUCAGAAAUGUCGUCCUACGUGUCGGUCCUCACGAUCGUGGCGUUCUCCAUGGAAAGGUAUUUGGCCAUCUGCCAUCCGUUGCGCGUCUAUUCGAUGAGCGGUCUCAAAAGACCGAUACGUUUUAUCCUUGCAGCCUGGUCGAUUGCAAUCGUCUCGGCCAUACCGUUCGCGAUUUAUACCAAGGUCAAUUUCGUCGAAUAUCCGCCAGGAUCGGGAAAUUACUCGGCUGAUUCGGCGAUUUGCGCGAUGCUUCUGCCCGAGAUGCCAAAAUUACCUCUCUAUGAGCUCAGUUGCAUCGUAUUUUUUCUGAUGCCAAUGCUCGUGAUCCUCGUGGUAUACACGCGGAUGGGAUUGAAGAUCAAGAGCAGCACCAGGGAAACACUUGGCCCGAUACAAGCCUCCUUCGUUCAUGGCGAUCAUCGACAAGUUCAAUCCAGAAAGUCUGUCAUUAGGAUGUUAAGCGCCGUCGUUAUCAUGUUCUUCCUCUGCUGGGCUCCGUUUCACGCCCAGCGUUUGCUUUACAUCUACGCACAGGAUUCCGAUUAUUACCCGGACUUAAACGAAUGGCUCUACAUUCUGAGCGGCUGCCUGUAUUACUUCAGCACCACCGUCAAUCCGAUUCUCUAUAAUUUGAUGAGCAUCAAAUACCGCCAGGCAUUCAAACGAACAAUAUGCUGCGGAACGAGAGGAACGGCGAGCAAAAUUUCGACGGCUAAGAAAUCACAUCCACGCAGAUGCGAUUCCUCAUAUGAGCCUGAUCACAAUGUUAUAUGCUCUGUUAGGCAUACGAUUGUUCAAGCCAAAGAGAUAUUUUGUUUUACAUCGAGCCGACAGGAAAAUAUCAAGGAUAGCAGCAGUAAUAAUGGAAAUGCAAGCAAUUUUCCUCAAAAUGCUUACUCGUUACAAAAAGAAGACUCAUCCUCGACGUUUCUCUUUGAACGAGGCCAUCUACUCGCUCGCCAGCAGCCUAGCAACGAAAGCACGUCCACGAAAAGAUCGGAAGAUACCAUUUCCGUAGCUAAAAGCAGUCUGUGAUCUAAUUUCACUCGCUUCCAUUUAGGUAUACAAUUAUAAUGCGCGUCGCUGUAAAUAUAAAACUAGACAGUGCGAAUUAUCGAUUAUAAAGCGAGAGAUUCUACUAUAUUGUAAAUAGGUAGAUAGCCCAAAUUGUUGUUUUUUUUUAUCGAUUAUAAUAACGCGGCAAAAUUUAUUUUAUACUAUUUAUUUCAGAAUAAAGUUUUACACAUAUUAUGCCUGAUAUUUAUUUUAUGCGUUUGUGAAUUUAUGCAAUUUUAGACGGCAAAUGUUUGAAAUCGCGGGACGCACGCGAGAAUAAUAAUUUUCGUCAAAAUGCUGAUACGAUUAUUUCCAUACAAAUCGUGAGAUACGCUUUAUCAGCGAGCUAUACUUUAAUAAAGAUAAAUUUACAAUAAUAAUGGUUCAAAUAAGUUUUAAUUUUUAAUAAAAAUCAUUGCAAAACUUUAAAACACGUUUCAGCUUUCAACAACGAUAUUAUCAGCCGGUUUCCCAAUCGGGUAAUUUUCGAUAUGUAACAUACACCUUUUUUGCACAAAUAAAACGUUAUACGUUAUUAACAA